AUGUAUAAUUGGCAAAAGAAAAAGUAUAUAAAACAUGAUAAAAAUGAAAAAGAAUAACAAAAUAAAAAGGAAUAAUUGGACAAUAAGGAUAAUAAUGUUAAUAAUGAAAAGGAAUAACAGGAUAAUCAUGAAAAGGAAUAAUAGGAUAGUAAAGAAAAGGAAUAACAGGAUCGCAUUGAUAAUAAUGAAGAGUUAUUAUCGGAUAAUAAUGAAAAGGAAUAACAGGAUAAUAAUGAUAAUAAGGAAAAGAAAUAAUAGGAUAACAAUGUUAAUAAUGAAAAUGAAUAACAGGAUAAAAAUGAUAAUAAUGAAAAGGAAUAAUUGUAUAAUAAUGAAAAGGAAUAACAGGAUAAUAAUGAAAAUUAACAACAGGUUACCUAAACUGAUGUGGAAAAUUUGGAUAAAAUUAAUUAUUUUGAAAUUGCUGUUGAAGUUUGGAAUAAAAUGGAAGUGAUUCAAUUGCUAUCCAAUUUUUCAACCCUAAUGAAUUAAGUGAUCUUAACAACAAAAAAAAUUUAUUUGAACACUUUAAACUCUUCAAUAAUAAUAAUUGAUGUAGUUUGUAAUGCAUUAUAUGAACUCAAUCUUACAAAUUUUGACUUUUAUGAUGAAUUUAUUAAUUAACAUCAUUAUCAAUAAAUAGACAAGUAGAGAAAUUUGGGAAAAUAAAUUCAGAUUGAUCGGUUUUUACAUGAUAUAAAAAAAUAUUCAACCAAACUUGCUAAAGUAAUGAGCACAAAAUAAAUGACAUAAGUUUAAUAUAUAUAAUAAGGGUUUCUAUAUACAGAAGAAAAAGAAGAGGAGAAAUGGUAAAAUGAAUUUUUUAAUAAUGAUGAUCUUUAAUUUGGUUCCUAUAAAAAGGAUUUAAGGAGUUGUUCGCUAGUCUAAUAAAAAGAGUUCUACAUAGCAGCUGAUUUAUAUUCUGUACUAGUGGUAUCGAAAGAACUUAACAAGCAGACAUUCGAUUGGAUAUUAGAAUAGCUAUCUAUAAAGAAUAAUUGUUUUAAAAAUUGUUUCGAACAUCUAUUAAUUUAAAUGAAUCAAGAGAAUCUAAUCAAAUUUGAUGUUUAAGUUUUUGAUAGACAAUAGAAAGUCGAUGCUUUUAAAAAAAGUAUUGAGUCAACUCUAAACCUUUUGAGAAUCUUGAAUAAACAUGAAUUUUUUAAGGAGAAUUAUUCCUCCUGA